AUGGGGCCGCCGAGCCGGGAAGCCUGGACCCAGCGCCUGGGCGCCUUUCGGGCCAGUCCGUCCACGUUCAUGGCAAGUCCCGAGGGCGAAGGUUUGGGUCGCGAUCUGCUGAGUGACCUGCGGAGCGAGAAGCUGAGUGAACAGACUAAGGUUUCCUUGCUGGCCCUAAGCGUGGAGUUCCCCACGCAGCUGUGGCCCGAUGCCUCCGCAGCGGAAGCGGCUGCCACCUCCUUACUGGACACUCUGGUCCUCCUGGCCCCUCGGCCCUCUGCCCUCCGGCGGCCCCUGCUGCUGGCGGCCACCACCGUCCUGGUGGCAGGGGGCACGCUGGGCCCCGCCUCCGCAGCCUCUGGCCGCCUGCUGCCCCUGCUGCUAGGUCUGGCCUCUGGUCGAGAUCUGGGUCGGGGCUUCGGCCCGGCCUCGGAGCAGCGGCCCCUGCAGGCCACAGCGUGCGAGUGCCUGCGGGAGCUGGAGAGCUGUCAGCCGGGCUUGCUGCGGGGCCAGCUGGGGCUGCUCCGGGGCCUGCUGGGGCGGGAGGGCCCGGUCCAGCCGCUCAGCCUGCUGCUCGCCCUCGUUCUGCGAAACGUCUUGGUGGCACAGGCCAGGGCUGGGACCAGCCUACUCAGUCUGCUCACGACGGGGGACUCCUCCACCAGGGAUGGGUCGCAUCGCUGGGACUGGACACGACUCGAAGAGAAGGAUGCCCCCUUACAGCCCCAGGCCCCCAGCUGGCCAGCAGCUGAGGAAGGGGAGCAAGGCCUCGCAGGCCUGGAGCCCAGUCCUGAGGAGGCCCGGGAACUGCGGGCCACCGUGGCCCAGCUCCUGGACGACGCCUACCUUCUCACUCCGGUGGCCCAGGCCCAGCUGCUGUGGCUCCUGGGUUGGGGCCUGCGAGGACUGAGGGGCCAGCCGCCAGCACUCUUCAAGCCACAGCUGGUCCGGCUGCUCAGCACAGCACAACUGACCCUCCUGCAUGCCGUUCUGGCGCUCAAGGCGGCCUUCGGUGAGGCCCUGUUUACUGCCCAGGACGAAGCCCUGCUGCUCCACCGGCUCACCAUGGCUGCCCAGCACCCGGCCCUGCCCCCAACCACCCACCUCUUCUACUUGCACUGUCUCCUGAGCUUCCCUGAGAACUGGCCGCUGGGCUCCUCGGGUGAGGAGGCCACCCCACUGCUGCUUGGGCCCCAGCUGUGCCAGGGCCUCCUGCCCAACCUCCUGCUGGAUCCCGCGGCCCUCCUGGCGCGCCUGCACCUCCUGUGUCUGCUCUGUGCCGACGACAGCGGGGAGGAGGAGCAGGAGGGAGGCCGGGUGCAGAGUCUCCAGUGCUUCCUGGAGGAGCUGCUGGCCGGCCUUCGGCAAAGGGCUGCGCUGGCUGGGGGCCCUCGGGCCUCCGCCACUCUCUGCUUCCAGGCCUCGUACCUGGUCGCCCGUUGCCUGGCCGGGAAGCCCGCCGUGCUGACCCCUCUGACACACGGGCUGGCCCAGCUCUACCAGGCCCGGCCCACCCUGGCCCCCCAUUUUGUGGACCUUUUGGAUCAGGUGGGACCUGAGCUCGGGGAGCCUUUACGAGUGGUGCUGCGGCAGGAGGUGGUACUAGGCUCUGUCCAGGAUGGAGCCCUUCGUUGGCACCUGCAGAUGCUGGUGAAGGUGGCAGACGGGGAUGCCCAGAGCAGCACCCUCCGCUUCCUGCAGGCUGCCGCCGCCCACUGCACAGACUGGGGUCUCCAACAGGCCCUGCUGCGGGUCUGCCGCACCCUGCUGCAGGCAGGUGGGGGAGGUGGCUUGGCCGACUUACUGCAGGUACUGGCCGAGCAGUUGGAGGACCCUGAUGCGCGUGACCACGCCCGCCUCUACUACCUCCUCUUGGCCCACCUGUCGGGGCCAAAGUUGGGGGCGGCUCUGGGCCCGUCGCUGGCGGCGCCCGCACUGGCCUCCUCGCUAGUGGCGGAGAACCAGGGCUUUGCAGCCGCGCUCACAGUACAGGAGGCCCCGGCCUUGCUGAGUCUGAGCGUGGGGCCGCGCACGGUGGAGGGCCCGGGGCCUGUGCUGCAGCUCCUGGUGGAGGCUCUGCAGCCCCUCUACACCCUAGAGCUGCGCUUCCACGUGGAGGGGCAGGUCUACGAGCCCCUGGGGCCCAUGCACGUGCCCUGCCUGCGCCCUGGUCGCCCUGUCGGCACCCUGCGCCUGCAGCUGCAGCCCCGCCGCCCGGCCCCCGCGCGCCUGCACGUCCACGCGCUCUACACCACGCCGGACGGCCGCACCUGCCACACGCGGCUGCCGCCCCUGCCCGUGAACUUCGAGGAUCUCUUCCUGCCCUUCCCAGUGCCCCCCGAGGGGGCAGGGCCCGCCUUCUUCGAGGAGCUCUGGGCCUCCUGCUUGCCUGCUGGGGCUGAGAGUCGCGUCUGGUGCCAGCUAGGACCUCAGGGACUAGAAGCCUUGGUGUCCCACCACCUGGAGCCCUUUGUGGUGGUCGCCCAGCCUCCCACCAGUUACUGUGUCGCCAUCCGCCUACCCCCAGCCUCCCGGCUGCUGCUGCGGCUGGGGUCACCCCAGGAGGACGGAGUGCCCGUGGCUCUGAGGACUGAUGACUGGGCAGUCCUGCCCUUGGCAGGGGACUACCUGCGGGGGCUGUCGGCUGCGGGCUGA